CCGCUCGCCCUUCGCCGCCGCCGCCCGCCAUGAUCCGCGCCCGGCAGCUCCUCCGCCUCGCGGCGCUGCCGCCGCCCCGCGCCCGCUCCUACGCUGAUGCUGCGGCCGGGCCGGCGGCCAUGGCCUUCACCUUCGCCUCCCCCACGCAGGUGUUUUACAACGGUGCCAACGUGAAGCAGGUGGACGUGCCCACCCUGACCGGCUCCUUCGGCAUCCUGGCCUCCCACGUCCCCACGCUGCAGGUCCUGAAGCCGGGAGUGGUGACGGUGUACGGAGAGGACGGAACGGCCACCAAAUACUUCGUGAGCAGUGGCUCCGUCACGGUCCAUGCAGACUCCACGGUGCAGGUGCUGGCAGAGGAGGCGGUGACGAUGGACAUGCUGGAUCUGGCUACUGCAAAAUCAAACCUGGAGAAGGCCGUUUCAGAGAUGGCUGCAGCGUCCGACGAAGCUGCUAAAGCCGAAGCCCAGAUUAAAGUGGAAGCCAACGAGGCUCUCGUCAAAGCCUUGGAGUAACGGGGUUGGGAGGCUCUCCGUGCAGCGCUGUGCUGUGCCUGGCAGCGAGGCUGAACCCAUUGCUCUGCUCUGCUCACCCUGCAUUCAGACCGACUCCGCCUCCGUGUGUUGCAGGAAUCCCACUGACGCUCUAGAAAAACCCCAGACUGUCCUACUUGUUCUGGCUUCCCCGUUGGUAUACAGAUGGUGUGGGACAAACGGAGGCGGACAAACUGCUCCGAUCAAUUAAAAGGAAAUGCAGUCCUGUCUU